AACUCUGAAUUUGCAUUGUGAGGUUGGAUGGGAUGCUGUCAGACAUAAAUGUAAACUGAUUUCAUUUGUUUCGAAAUAAUCCAUGAUUUAUUGUCAUUUUGAGCUUGAUUGGCUAGGUGGUGAUCAUUCUACACAACUUGCUUUCAAUACUGUUCAUUUGACUGCUACCUUGGAUAAGUGAAUUUGGCAAAGCCCGUCAGGUCAGGUUUCCUGCAGAGUAAUCUUGAAACGUGAAAAUGGCGGAUGAAAACUUUUAUCAUGCACAAUGUCAGUACUACUGUCGAGAGCGGUACUACCGCGCCAUGCAGCUGACAGCCUCCGAGGCCAUGAAGAAGUUCGGCCAGGGGCCGGCGUUCCGCUUCUGGUUCAGCCUCUCGCUGGCCAUGGAGGGAAAACUGCAGGAGGCUAUCCGAGAGUUCGAGAACACGCUGAACGACUCGGACCUGCAGCUGGCCACGAUCCUGGCCAUGAUGUACUGCCACCAGCUGUGUCAGUCGGUGGACCGUCAGGCCGUCCAGCAGCUGGACAACCGGCGGCGGGAGGAGCGCAAACGAGCCGGAGACAGGGCACUGUACUACGCCGGCAUGUUCCUGGUGCUGACCGGCCACCCGGACAAGGCCCGCGAGUACCUGGACCGCACGCUGAAGAUGAACGGCGACGCCGUGGACGCGUGGGUGAUGCGCGGCUGGGUGGAAAUGUACGCCGGCGAGAACCCUACCAAGGCUAUCGACUACCUGGACCAGGCCGAAAAGCGGAACAACCGGGACAUUUCACUGCUGUUCUGUAAGGCGCGCUACUACGAGCUGCACAACGACUUCACGAACGCCCAGUCGGAGCUGAACCAGGUGGUGGCGAUGCGACCCGGCUUCGUGCCGCCGCUGGUCGAGAAGAUGAAGGUCAGCAUGGCCAUGCUCGACUGGGACCAGAGCGUCGACAUGAUGAACAGGGUGCUGGCCACGUCACCCCACUGUAUCGAGGCUCUGCGGUUCCGUCUGAUCGGCCUGCUCACUCGCGACGGAAACUACCCGGAGGCCAGCAAACGACUGGAAGAGUUUGUCCGUAACGUGGACCGUCACGAGCCGCACAACCCGCCGUUCCUGCUCGAGUGCGCCCGCCUCUUCUCGCGCACGUGCGGCCGCAACGACGGUGUACUGGACUUUACGCUGUCGAUGGCCGAGAAGGCCGCACAGCUGGAGCCGGGCCGCGCCGAGUACCUGGUCGAGGUAGCCUACCAGAACCUGCUCAAGGAGAAGACCCGCGAGGCGCUCAAGUUCUACAAGGCGGCCACCAAACAGGAUGAGGCGUCUAUGGAGGCGCUGUCAGGCAUCAUCACCUGCCAGCUGAUUGACGGCGACCACCAGGUGGCGCAACAGAGCCUCGAGUUCCUGAAGGAGACCCAGAAAUCGCUCGGCUACACUGCCGACAUUCUCUACUUGUCGGCACUGCUGGCGCGCAAACAGAACAAGAGUCCCGAAGAGGUUCUCGGCCUUCUGAACGAGGCGAUCGAGACGCACUUCCGCAGUUUUCGGACGCUGUCUCUGGGAGUGCAGUAUCUGAUCGCGCUCAAUCCCGACUUCCUGCUACUGGUCGUCAAGGACUGCUUGCACUACGCGCCCACACAGCCGGUGCCACUGGGCUCCGCCAUCCCAGUCUCUCUGAAGCGAGCCAUCACGGUACUGGAACCGGUGACCAAGUCAUGUCCGGGCCUGCUGGAGGCACUCUACCUGAUGGCCAAGGCCAAGUAUCUGAGCGGCGACGCCAAGGCGGCGGCCAGCACACUCAAACACUGCAUCGAUCACGUCGACCAGUCGUAUGCGGACGCCCAUCUGCUGAACGCCCAGAUCCAGCUUCACCAGGGCUUCUUCAAGCAGGCAUCCCAGUCGCUGGAGCUGGGACUUAGCUACAACUUUGAGAUCAAGGACCACCCGCUGUUUCAUCUGAUCCGGGCCCGCAUUCAGAAGCGGGAGAAGCAGGCUCAGGAGGCCAUACAGACGCUUCACACGGCUAUUCAGCUGGCAGGUCUCACCUCUCGGCUGGUCAAAGGCUCCACGCCAAAGAGCAAGAUCGACGUGAACGACAAUGACAAGGUGUCGAUCUACCUGGAGCUGGCCGACGCCUACCGGAUGGCCAACCAGGAGGCCGACGCUAAACAGGUCAUGGAAGAGGCCACGCUCAUGUUCAAGGGUACCGGCGAGGAGGUGCGUAUCAUCGUGGCCAACGCCGACCUGCUGCUGGCCCGUAACGAGGUGUCGGCGGCGCUGGGCAGCCUGCGUAACAUCACGCCGGACCAGCCCUACUACCUGCAGUCGCGCGAGAAGAUGGCCGAGAUCUACUUCGACUAUCUCAAGGACCGGCGCAUGUAUGCCGCCAUGUAUAAGGAGAUUGUGGACCAGAUUCCAACGCCGGCCUCCUACCUGAUGCUCGGCGACGCCUACAUGACUAUCCUAGAGCCGGACAAGGCCAUCGAGGUGUACGAGUCCGCCCUGAAGCGCAACCCGCGCGACCACGAUCUGGCCCUGAAGAUGGGCCGCGCCCUGGUCAAGACGCACCACUACGGAAAGGCGAUCAACUACUACAAGGAGGCCAUCAAAGUCGGCGAGGAUAACAACUUGCGGUACGACAUGGCGGAGCUGCAGAUGCGGAUGCGUCAGUACGACAAGGCUGAGAAGACAGUGGUACAGGCCAUGGAGAAGAUCAGGGGUGAGGACAACAGCAGCCUGGCCAGCCUCAUCAUGCAGGCGCAGCUGCUCAAGCUUCUCGCAAAGAUCCAUGACCUGGUGGGCGACGUGAACAAGUCGAUCGGCACGCUCAAAGAAGCUAAUGAGGUGCAGGUGCGCGUGCUCAAACGGGUACAGAUGGAGCAGCCGGACUCAGUGGCUGAACACAAGGCCCGCGCGACCGAGAUCUGCUGCACCAUGUCGGAGCGUUACCAGAGCCAGCGCAACUACGAACAGGCCAUCAAGUACUACCAGGAGGCGCUGCAGCACCAGCCCGACGACGCCAAUGCGCUUCUGGCGCUGGCCCGGCUCUACAUGCAGACGGGUGACCUGGACCAGUGCCAGUACACGUGUAUGACCUUGCUGCGCCUGGACAAGGAGAACGACCUGGCCACCGUGAUGAUGGCAGAUCUGAGCUUCAGACGAAACGACUACGAGACGGCCAUGUUCCACUUCCAGGAGCUGCUCACGCGCCGUCCGGACUAUUUCGCCGCGCUGGCGCGCCUGGUGGAGGUGAUGCGACGCACCGGCCACCUGGAGAAGGUGCCCGACUACCUGGAAAAGGCCGAGAAAGCCAGCCAGCGCGGCACCACAGAGCCCGGCCUGGCCUUCUGCAAGGCGCUCUAUGAAUGGUAUUCGAGCAACCCGAACGGUGCUCUGAAGUACUUCAACCAGGCCCGACGCGACCCCGAGUGGGGCCAGCGGGCCAUCUACCACAUGAUCAACAUCUGCCUGAAUCCGGACAAUAUGACCAUCGGAGGCGAGACGUUCGAGGCAAUGGAGGAUCUCGCCGACACGGACGUCAAAAACUCGCAGGAGAUGGCGCUCAGGACGGCCGACAAACUGCUCCAGGAGCUGAAGCCGAAGCCGGGCGACCAGACCAUCUCGCACCAGCUGCUGACCAACUUCCUGCUGCUGGCCUCCAAGAACAAAGGCAACAUGGAGCGUGCGCUGCAGGAGUUCACCAACAUCGCCAGCUCGGAGACGUACAAGGACCACGUGGGCGCCAUCUGCGGCAUGGCCACCGCCUACAUGCUGCUCAAACAGACUCCCCGCGCCCGUAACCAGCUGAAGCGUGUGGCCAAGAACACGUGGAACUUUGAGGACGCCGAGUACUUGGAGCGCUGCUGGCUGCUGCUAGCCGACAUUUACAUCCAGUCGGGCAAAUACGACCUGGCGCAGGACGUCAUUCAGCGUAUCCUGCAGCACAACCGCUCGUGCGGCAAGGCGCACGAGUACGCCGGCUUCAUCCACGAGAAGGAGAGCUCGUACAAGGACGCGGCCGAGAACUACGAGAUGUCGUGGCGCUUCAGUCGGCACAGCAACCCAGUCAUCGGUUUCAAGCUGGCGUUCAACUACCUGAAGGCGAAGCGGUACGUGGACGCCAUCGACGUGUGUCACCAGGUGAUGGAGAAAUUCCCCGACUACCCCAAGAUCCGCAAGGACAUCCUGGACAAGGCCCGCUCCCAGCUGAAACUGUAGGUCACAUCACGCUGCGGGAUCAUACAUGCGGAUUGUGCCUACCAGUCGAUAGGCCCUCUACAAAGAAGACCUCCGGGACUUUAUUUUAACCCGCGCGGGGCUGGGGGGGGGGUAAA